UUUUGUCUCCUACAAUGGGGGGUAUUUAAAAUAGCGCAUAACCCGUGAAACCCCUCCCCAGCAGGGAUCUCACUGAUUAUCCGAAACCUUGGACUUUUUUGACCCGUCCCGUUUUUGAAAACUUGACCCGAUGUUUUUCUUAACGCAUGACAUUGCUCCUCACUCCAAGAAAUUGGAAGUCUAUUGAACCGUGCUCGUGUGUCUUCAGUUAGUUGUCGAAUUUACUCUACUUUUUUUAGUGAACUUCUUCGUGGACUUUAUUCUUAUGGUUUUGAGAAACCCGCAGCCAUUCAACAGCAUGUUAUCAAACAAAUUAUAAUAGGACGCGAUAUUAUUGCCUUGAGUCCACCUGGUACUGGAAAGUGCCAGUUUUUGUAUUGGUUUGCUUCAGUCAAUUUGUAUGUAUGAUCGUGAAACUCAAGCUCUAGUGUUGGCACACACCCGUGAAAGUGCUGUCAACAUUCAAAAGACAAUUUUGGCGCUUGGUGAUUACCUAAAUGUUCAGUGCCACGCGUGUGUUGGAGGCACCAAUAUUCAUGAGGAUAGACGCAAACUGGAUUAUGGACAACAUAUUGUUACUGGAACGCCUGGGCGUGUUUUUGAUAUGAUUAGACGUCGCAAUCUACGUACUCGUUCAAUUAAAUUAUUGGUUAUUGAUGAAGCUGAUGAGUUGCUUGGAAACUCAUUUAGAGAACAAGUUAUUUUUGUCUGCUCAAAAUCGACUCCAGAUUUGGAUGAAAUGGCAAGUCGUUUGAUGACAGUUCCAGUUCGUAUUGUUAUCAAAAGUGAUAUAAAUAAUUGUGCACAAUUUUAUAUAAAUGCAAAUCCAAAAGAAUGGAAACCGGACAUAUUAUUUGAUUUGGUUGACUUGAUGGGAUUUGCUACACCUAUAGUCAAUAUGUUAAAAGAAACGACGGGCGAUGAAGCUAAUUGUUUUUGUUUGCAUUCGGGAUUGAAAAGAAAUGAGCGUGUUGAAAUUAUUAAAAAGUUUCGAGAAAGUGAUGAAAGGUUUGUAUGUUAUUAA